GUGACGAGCCCCUCCUUUCGGUGAGUUGUUGAUGCGGCUUUACUGGAGUGGGAGAGGCGCGACGGUCGGAGGAGGCAUGUCUGCGGUUCUAAUACAUUGAAAUGCUCUUCAGUGUUCCUUGAUUUGGUGAAUGACAGCAGGUGAGGGUUGGGAAGAAGGAUGACAAUGGCGCAUGUUGGAGCAGUGGUUGCUGCGAUCACUGCUGUGAUGGCCAUUCUGCUUCACUCCUCCAUACACAAGAUUGAAGAAGGCCAUUUAGCAGUUUAUUACAGAGGUGGGGCUUUGCUCACCGGUCCUAAUGGCCCAGGCUAUCACAUCAUGCUGCCUUUCAUCACCACCUACAGAUCAGUGCAGACUACGCUUCAAACAGAUGAGAUAAAAAAUGUGCCUUGUGGAACAAGUGGAGGUGUCAUGAUCUAUUUUGAUAGAAUUGAGGUGGUCAACAUGCUGGUGCCAUCAGCAGUGGUGGACAUUGUGAGGAAUUACACUGCUGAUUAUGACAAGACACUAAUAUUCAACAAAAUCCACCAUGAGCUAAAUCAGUUCUGCAGUGUUCACACACUACAAGAAGUGUACAUCGAGCUGUUCGAUAUAAUCGAUGAAAACCUGAAGACUGCUCUGCAGAAGGAUCUGAAUUCCAUGGCUCCAGGUCUCACUAUCCAGGCAGUCCGUGUUACCAAGCCUAAAAUCCCUGAAGCCAUCCGGAGAAACUUUGAGCUGAUGGAAGCUGAAAAGACCAGACUACUUAUCACAGCACAGACCCAGAAAGUUGUGGAAAAGGAGGCUGAGACGGAGAGAAAGAAGGCUAUCAUUGAGGCUCAAAAGGUGGCUCAAGUGGCUGAGAUCCAGUUCAAGCAGAAAAUCAUGGAAAAGGAGACGGAGAAGAAGAUAUCUGAAAUAGAAGAUGCUGCGUUCGUGGCCAGAGAGAAAGCUAAAGCAGAUGCUGAGUUCUACACAGCAGCGAAGUCUGCUGAGGCCAAUAGGCUGAAGCUGACACCAGAGUAUCUGGAGCUCAUGAAAUAUCAGUCCAUUGCUGGCAACAGCAAGAUCUACUUUGGCCAGGACAUUCCAAACAUGUUUGUCGACAACAGUGCCUCUCCCUCAACCAAAAGGGCUGACUCAUCGGAACAGUUGGAGUCUUUAACCCAAGCUGAGAAACCCAGGAAAGCAACUGGGCAAAAAGCAGGCUUCGAGCGCCACUGAGAGGCCCGCCCAGGGCUUCUCCUCUGUCGCUGUCUGUCUGUGUCUCUGGGGCUGGGACUGCUUGCGUGGCAUGAUGGCAUCGAUUCUUUUCUGCUGGGGGCUCGAAACUAACUGUUCAGUUAGUCAUCCGACUUAAGGGCGCUGAUUAACAAAGAGGCUGUGUUUUGCUCUCAGUGGCCUGUGGUUUGGGGUAGGGCUUAAAUGUCUUAACAAGAGACUAAGAUCUAUAAAGUGCGCUAAUGAAUCAGUGAUGCAGCUGUGAUCACACAGCAUGCAUUUCCCACCUUUACUUCCUUUUGCCCUUUUGUUUAUUUGUGGUUUGAUAUGUGAAGAAUUUGCAUCUUGACAAAUUUUGUGUUCAUGUAACUGGAAUUCUAAGGCUUCAUACUAAAUGAGUCGGGGGGAAAUAGUUGAUUCAUGCAGCUAUAAGAGAUUUUUUUUUUGUUUGCCAAUAUUUAGCUUAUGUCUUUCUUAACAAAACACUGAGGUCCUAAUGCAAAGCCCCACUUAGUCUAUAAAACCAGUCAUACAACACCUCCUUGGUGAUUAUAGGCCCAUAUUAACCACAGUUAGAUGGUGUUCAUCAGUGAAUUGAAAUUGUGUACAUACAGUUUACAUUUGACUUAGUUGGUUCUGUGACUGAAUUUUUUGCAUUGUUUUCACCUGAUCUGUAAAUUGGGAAUCCACAGAUUAUUGUAAAUGUUUUAUAGUACUUGGCUUUGUUCCUGUGCAAGUUGUAUUGUGGGUGGUCAUUGAAUUGUGAAAGAACCGUUUUGAAGUUUAUAUUCAGUUGAUUUUCAGAGCAUGGGCCAGGAAACCCAACAUGCCAUUUGCUGCUGUGAUUAAAACGCCUCUAUUUUAGUCUUACUUUGUGUACACAGCAUGACUUAUGUGCAGAAUGAUGACCUCUGGUAGUCCAGCAGGAACCUACAAAGGGAAUUUAAAUAAGGGCUUUGUAUCUGGAAAAUUAAAAAUAACUAAUGGAACUAACGACCUAACGAAGGGCUAUGAAAUUAUCCUUGGGUAUCAAUUAAGAGACUUCUCUGACCUGUGAAUAUGAGGUAAAAAACAUUUUGAACUCACACUUAUGUUUAUCACCACUAGGGGGAGCACAUGUUCUUCACUAAUAACAGACUGGAGGGAAAAUACUAAUUGAGCCUGAAGUACAAAGAACACUGUUUUGGCUUUGUUAGAUUUAGAUAGUUUUAGUUUUCUUAUGUGAGUAGUUAGUCCGCAUUUAAUGAGAUGCCAUAAGCACUUACAGUGGUUAAUGGCUAGAACAUACUAAGUGUCUAGGUGCUAAUUCUCAGGAAAGAGACGCGCAGGUUGAGUUUACCAAAAGUAUCUUUUCAAGUCUUCUACAUUUUCAGUAGUUUUGAGGGUUUCAGGAUUUUCUGCCUGGUUGAUUAGUCUAACUUGGCUCGGUUUUUAGGACUUUUUCCCCCUUUCGGUUUGUUUAAAAGAAACCUUUCUUAGGUGAUUCAUCAGGCCUGUAACGGCAUUCAGAUGUGUAAUGCCCUUUUUGUUAAGCACUUCUUUGCAUUCAACCUGUUUUCUCUCAGUUGAUGUGGGUUAGAUCAAAGAGCUGAGGAUUCAUCCAGUCCCUGUCAUUAAUUCCAAAAUAAGUGUUUGCCGUUCAUGUGGGCUUCCUUCUCUGCUGUAUAACAUUUAACUUUUCCCUUGUGAUUUUAAAGUACAUAUUCUUAAAGGUUGGGAAAUGGGCUCAUAAUAUUAUUAACAAUUUUAAGGGAAAAUUGAUUAAAUGACUUAUGUGAUUAAAUGUUUAAUGAGCAUAAGGUAAUCAAUAUGCUUCUGAUUCUGAUUAUUAGUGGUGGAUAUGAUUUUCCGUGCUGAUCAUUUAGAAUGGGUGAAAUGAAGCUACUCUGUGAAUGUGACCUUUUAUACGUAUGCAUAAGUUGAAUUCUUGAUUUCCCAACAUUUAUAUGCAAAAUUUGUAACAUUUUGACAGCUCAAUUCUUUCAAAUAAAACUUAUUUUGAUACCACCA